AUGAACGAACAGUGGUCGUGUGCCGGUAUUUGUGUAGAACCGCAAUCUGAACAGCGGUCGCUUGGUACCAACCAACAAGCAACAGCAGAAACACAUAAUCUAUCUGGAACUGAUAGGACAACUCCGGCAGCGUCCAUUUCAACGACAACAACUCCAAUAAAUUUUCCAAAUUGUUCAUCACCCUCUUCAUCGUCACAUCCUGAUUGCGUCACUGGCUCUACAAGCCUUUCAAAUUCAUCAGCGGUUGACGGUCGUGUAUUGAUUCCUUGUUCUACAGUGUCAUUAAACAAAGUGGAAGAACAGAAGAGCAAUAGCUGCAGUUAUGAGCCUUCAUCGAGUGUACCAACGGAUAAUAUCCUUUUGUCGUCCAGUUCAGGAACGCUGACAGACGAAACCUAUCCAUCUACUAGUACAGCUGAUACCAGUAUUUUUGACGAGAAAGCAACGUUGCAGGAUUGUCAGUUGUCUCGACUUAUACGUCGUCGGUGCAGAUUUUUACUACCGUCUAAUAUUUCCCAUAAAUUACUGCGGAUAGCAUUGAAACAACCAACUACAUUGAAACAUUUAAGUAUAACCUCAGUGAAAGUGGGCGAAUCAAAUCUGUUACCAGUGGUUGUGAAUGAUGCAACACUAAGCCUUCUUUCACUUCCAUAUCCCAGCACAGGUUCUGAAAUGAAUUCCUUGGCUGGUGUACCAGUGAAUGCUAAUGCUACUGAUAGAGCAAAUAUUUAUGAUCCUUAUCAAAGUGAGAAUGGUCGACAUGAAUUGACGCCAUCAACUUCAGCUGGUCAUAUACCAGGUAAACGAAAAGCUGGUGUAAUUAAUAAUGAUAUAUAUCAAACAGGAGUUGGGAUGCAUGGUUAUAUGGGGACAGUUAGUGGACAAUCCAAUGCAACUAAUACAGUGGCUUCUGUAAAGCAGCAGCAAUCUCAGACUACAUCUAAUACUAGCAGCCCAUUGUUGGUUAAUUUAUUAAGAAGUUCAUCACCAGUUGCUAACGCUGGUAUGCAUAAUUUGCAACAUACACAUAUGUCGCGUCCUUCUGCUGCUCCGAUAAUGCAGCACAUGUCAGCCCCUUCUCCACAAACUCAGGGAACUGUUGGUUAUUCGUCAUAUCCGUACAUGGGACAAAGCACAAUGAAUACACCAGUGCAGCCUGGUCGAAUGCGUCCUUCAGCAACUUCAGUGGAAGUUUCUCACUUAACUACCUCAACACAUGCACAUUCUGAACAACAGCAGAUGCGGCCAACGCAACAAGAGGCAUGCUUUUUUGUUAUGUCUGUAUUGCUGUUAUUAUCUUUCGAACCGAUGGUAGAUACUGUAUCACAUUGUGUAUUCCAGGUCAAUAUGGAAAGACAUCAGCAAGUAGUUGCUACACAACAGCAGAGUGCACCAGCGCAGCAGUUACCUCAGGCAUAUUAUCCUCAAUACAACCAGAGACGUCCAAUGCUCGCUGGCUUCACAGUCCGCGGACAAAUACCGCAACAGCAUGCUGUUUAUGCACAGCAGGGACAAAUGAUGCCUCCUCAUUACAUUCACGUGCAGCAGCAACCAAGACUUACUGGACAGCCAUUGCCAGUUCAUUUUCACCAGACAGUCUCUUUGGAACAUGAUGCUGGCAGUCAAAUGUCUGUUGCUGCUCCUCCUCCCAAGAAAAGAAAGCGACCAACUAAAAAGCAGUUGAAGGAAGCUGAAAUAGCGCAACAAGCGGCUGCUGCUGCGGCGCAACAGCAAUUCAUAAUGGAGCAGCAGAUGAAUAGCCGAGUGCCUUCUGCAAAUGCUCAUACGGUGGAUAGGCCUACUGUCAUGUCACAGGUAAUGCAUAGUGGUCAGCCAAGUGUCGGCAUAACUUAUGCACAGCAUCCGCAAGGGUAUCCUUCACAAACACUUCGUUCUCCUCCGGCUGUUCCUGCACAAACUGGGCCAAUAAUGCAGAAUCCAUCUUCAAAUCCUUCUUUUUAUCAGCAACAAAACGUUUGGGUUCCACAGCACCAGCAACAAAUUAUGUCACAGCAGCGUCCACAGAUAAUGUAUAGUGGUCAGAUGCAUCAUCAUUGGCAAAACAGUCAAUCGCAUCAUUCGCGAAUGAUUUAUCCUCAAACAGAUAGUGUAUCCGAGAUGAGUGCUGGUUCAUCUGGCAGUGUCCAUACAUCUCCUAUGACUAGUCGGAAUGCGUCAAUUGACUAUUCGCCAGCAUCACAGUCUAGCAGCACGAUGUCGCCACUAUAUCAGCAACAACAACCAAAUAUGACCUACCAGCAGCCACCAAAUCAACAAACACCUCCAUCUGCUUUAACUUAUUCGCAGUCUUCACCAUCACAGCAGCAAGUAAGUGUACCUGCACGACCUCAACAACAGCAAACAAUACCAAUGCAAAUGCAGGAAUCGCAGCAACAGCAGCCCCCGUUCUCUGCAGAACAGCAGUGUCUAGAUAUGCAGCCAAAGAGCUGCUUGCCAGUGUUACAAAGUGGAGGUGAUUUUGAAAUGGAUGAUGAACUGGGUGCUAAUAUUGCUGAUGACUGUGGUGAUUACAAUGAUUUGGAUUCUAUUGAACCAAUGACCGAAUCGAGCGAAUUUGGGGCAACGUUGAUGGCUUCCCAUCAACAGCAAAUGCAACAGCGGCCAGCAAAUACUCAGCAACAUAUGCAGCAUCACCACCACCAACAACAACAACAACAGUACUACAGUCGUAUGUUGCCUCCUCAAAAUCGGUAUGACAUCCAAUCACCAAUGCAGCAUCAAAGUGUUGGUUACAUGAGACAAAUGUGUAGUGAAACUCAAAUGCGGCAGUGUAGUUUUCCGAGUACUCUCGGUCUCUCUCAGCAACAACAAUCACUUUCUCGGGGUUAUUCAUCUCCACAGCAUCAACAGCAGCCACCACAAGGGGCAACCAAUUUAUUUAUGAGCCCACCACCACAACCAAGUUGUUCUCCAAGUCCUUAUACUCCUCGAUCAUCACCCCAAAAAGAUAGCAGCAACUUUACUGCCCGACAGCAGCAGCCGAGACAUAUUGCGGUAACACACCAACAGUAUGCAGCAUCACCAUUGUCGCAGCAACAGUCUAUUCGUACACCACUUAGUGCUCCACCAACUGUUCAUUCACAGUCACAACUGCAUCCAACUUGUGGGCGAAUUGAUGAUUUACGAUCAUCGCGAUCAGAUGGUGAAGCAACACCACGAGCAUCAACUACUGAUUCGAACGUUGCUUCGAUUGAAUAUGACAAAGAUCCGAUCAACUCUACUAUAGAUGCAGUAGUUAUGCGAGCACUUUCCGAUCAAGACAGCUUUUCCUCGACAAGCAUUUCGAAUUAUUUUCGUGGAUCACGGAAUCGUUUAUCAACAAAUAUUCAGUCUUCGACGGCUGAACAGACUGGGACUAGUGACAGAAAAAUGAUGGGUAACAACGUUAACAACAGUAUGAGACCGGUGAAUGCAAUCAAACAUCAACCUGGGCAAUUUCAGAGCUCUCAACAAGCUCAGCAGUUUUCAAACACUGAUGCAAUAGAAGGUUCAGGAGUCGGAGCUAGUGGUUCUCAUAAUGGUCAGGCGACAGGGAAUUCUGCCUUUCCAUCAAGUAAAACGCCAGUUUCUGCUCAGCAGUUAGUUUCUGCAAGUCGUGAAAGUUUUCACGGUGGAAAUAGCGAAAUGCAUGGUCUCACUCUAUCUGCUAGACAACAGAAGGACCAGAGAAUUAGUGAUCGAAUUGGUGAUCAAAGGUCAAACAACACAGCUGAACAUCACCAUUUGACCAACGGGCAUGAAUCACUGAACAUGUUAAAAGAACGCGGAUAUGUUCAAUCAUGCAAUGGAGUGCUUCCGCUAUCGCAGUCAAAUGAUGACGAGCGAAGACUAACGGGUGGGUUGGUUUCAGCAGUGACAAUAACUGAUGUGCAGCAGCCGCAGAGAUCUUCUCCAAAAGUUUCGGGGACAGCAAGGCGUAAUCGCCGUAAGGCAGAUUUAUCGCUGGAAGCAUUGUCUUAUGAUGACGAAGAUGAAAUUACCGUCCCAACAUUUGCAGCGUAUCAGGGUCCAUAUAUAAGACGUGUAGGUGGUCCCGGUAGUAUUGUUGUUGGAUGUAGUGGGAACACUCCAACACAACCUCCUUUCGCUAAUAUCAGUGUACAAAGUGCUCAAAAUAAUUUUUCUGCCACAGUGGCUCGGCAGCAGCAAAUGUUGAAGCAGCAGCCGAAAACGUCGUAA